UGAGUCGGUUAUUGGAUUUCGGAUCGGGUCUGAUCUGAGUAGGACCUGUCAUUCCUCUCCCUCCCCGCCGGCAUUGCUUUCUCCCUCCUCCUCCCCAAAAUCGGAGCUUUCCGUCUUUCCACCCUCCUCCAGAGACACGCCGGUGCCCUUCAAGCUUCUGCUCCGUUUCUCCUCAGCUCAGGGUCUCGGGCAUUAUUGACUUCCAAUUAGCAAAGAGAUGCUUUCCGGUAUCAAGUUCGUUCCCCGUGAUCAGAUAAAGGGGCAAGGUCAAGGCUUGGAUUCUGUGGAAAAAUCUGGUAGUGGUAGAAAGGAAAAGCGGGGAAAGGCGAAGAGUGCCCGGUACAGUAGCUCAGACGAUGACGGUGAUGAUAAGCUCGAGAAGAUAGAGAAAGGGUCUAGAAAGAAGAAGUGGUACUCUUCCGAGGAGCCCUCAUCGAGUGAUAGUGAGAGUAGUGAUGGAAAAGACACAAGAAAGCGUAGGAAGAAGAAGAAGAAGAGUAGUAGUAGGAGAAGUAGAAGCAGUAGGAAAAGCUAUUCAUCUGAGGACUCUUCUGAUCCUGAAGAUUCUGGUGGUGGUAGGCGUUCUAGUAGGAAAGAAAAGCACCGAAAGAAAGUUAGCAGUAGAAGGAGAAAGGAAAGUGGUUCGGAUGAUGAUGUUUCCGAAGAUGCGUUUGAUGACCAGAAAAUUGUUAGAAAGGAGAUGGGAUUAGAGUGGAUGCUUAGACAUGAUGACAGGACAGAGAGAAGGCGUGCGGUGAGCACUGAUGACGCAACCCCUGAACCUCCAAAGGAAGAAGAGGUGAAGAAGGUUAAUCCAAGGGAAUUAAAUCCUUACCUUAGGGACAAUGGAAGUGGUUAUCCUGAAGAAGGCGCAGACAAACCUUCCGGAGACCGACUUUUGUCAUCCUCCAUUGGUGACGGGGGUGCAAGUUGGAGGCUGAAAGCCUUGAAACGAGCUCAAGAACAGGCAGCACGUGAGGGCCGUAAAGUCGAAGAGGUUGUAGCCGAAAGAUGGGGUUCUCUGGGUCAGCUAACUGUCUCCGUAUCAUCUCGUUCAGUGGCCCCAUCUCGUGCCCAUUUGUCUGCAAUAAAAAGCAGGCAGAGAGGAUCAGCUGAGGAGCCAAAUACUGCUGGAGAUGAGAAAAAUGAAAAUGAUACUCGAAAGGGUCCUAGAGAGUAUUUAAAGGAUGUCUCUAUUCGUAAUUCUCAAAUGAGGAAACCGAAAGUGGAUAAUUCUUUAUCGUGGGGAAAGCGGAAAGGUCAUAAAGUGUCCGCAAAGGAUGCAAGUUUCAUCUCCGCUGCAGCUUCUAGCUUGAACAAGUUCUCCAAUGAUGGGAGAUUCAUGGAGGAGGCUCUUCAGAAGCAGAGCAAUGAUUCUACUGUGGCUGUUUCUGCGUCGGUUUCUGAGGGAGAGCUUACGCAGCAAGUGUCUGAACCCAACGAUGCAAUUAAAGAAAUUCUAAAUGAGGGGUUGAGUGCGAAUCAGUUAGCAGCGAAGGCUUUGCAGCUUCGCCUGAAAGGAAAGCACGAUGAAGCUCAGAAACUUCUGAAUGAAGUGGAGAACCUAAAAGUCAAGGAACGUGAUGAUGGUGGAAAUUCACUCAGAGUACAACCUGCACAAACCAUGAGCAGGCAUAUGUCACGGGAGUUCUCUUCACGGAGAAAUAAAGAUGAUGAUGCUGAUAUGCAUCUGGCUCGAACAAUCAUGCAAAACAAACAGUACAGCAUCUCUGGUCAAGCAGAAGAUGAGUACGGUUAUGAAGUUGCUCCAAAGAAGAAGUCUCGACAUAAGGGGACUGAAAGCAACAGUAAGGCCAAUCAGCGUAGUGCUCCUCAAAACAGAUUGGUAACCCAGCAAGAACGUUGCCUUUUCUGCUUCGAGAAUCCCAAUAGACCAAAGCACCUUGUUGUCUCAAUUGCCAAUUUUACGUACUUGAUGCUACCUCAGAGGCAACCUGUCGUGCCUGGUCAUUGCUGCAUAGUCACUGCACAGCACGAAUCGUCCACAAGAACUGUAGACGAUAAUGUGUGGAAUGAGAUCAGAAAUUUCAAGAAAUGCCUGAUCAUGAUGUACGCAAAGCAAGAAAGGGAAGCCGUGUUUCUCGAGACAGUGAUGGGUUUGGCUCAACAACGUCGUCACUGCUUGGUGGAAUGUGUUCCUCUACCGAAGGAUGCUGCAAAGCAAGCUCCUUUGUACUUUAAAAAGGCUAUUGAUGAAGCUGAGGAUGAGUGGAGCCAACAUAAUGCCAAGAGACUCAUCGAUACAAGUGAGAAGGGACUCCGAGGAUCUAUCCCAAAGGACUUCCCGUACUUCCACGUGGAGUUUGGCCUUAACAGAGGAUUCGUCCACGUGAUUGAUGAUGAGAUGCAGUUCAAGAGCAGUCUCGGCCUCAACGUGAUAAGGGGCAUGCUCCAACUCCCUGAGGAGGACAUGUACCGCCGCAGAAGGGCAGAGUCUGUUGAUGUCCAGAGGCAGGCAGUUGCAAGUUUUGCUCAAGAAUGGGAGCCAUUUGACUGGACCAAACAACUGGACUAGGUUGUCUUGUUUGACGGGAACCCACUGGUCCAAGAGAAAUUAUUGCGCAGGCUCGGUCUGGAAAUAGGUUCUUUCACACUAAAUCAAUGAGAGCCCUUGAUGAUUAUCUUCGUAUGGGGUUUGCGGUUAUCGGUGUUGGUUGAUCAGGCCAAAUGAAUUUUCUUGAGAUUGGGGUGUGUGGCCAUAAGAACCCGAUAGAUGUGAUUUUCUUAACAUAUGACAUAUAUACAUUAUGUGUAGAUAAUUUGGUCCAACUUUAUUGAGCUACUUAGAAUCUUUCUCGACAGAAAUGCACGGUUAAGUGCAUGAUUUGCACGCGUGAAUUCUCCUCA